GCCACAGCGGUACCCAAGCCCAUCACCAAUGGCGCCCGUUUCCUUCUCUUCCUCUGCUCUCCUACUUUGUAAACCAUCUCUGCCCGGCGCUCACUCUUCUUCCUUACCUCUUCUCUCGCCUUUCAAAUUCAGCAAACCUAUUCAAAUCCCGUUCACCAGAAGACGAGGAAUUUCCAAUCCCCUUGGAACAGCAUCCGCCGUGAAAUCGGAGUUCGAUCUAACGUUCUUCGAAAGAGACUUGGAAGGAAGCGAUUCCCCUCCGACGCCGACAAUACCUGGAGCUGGCUUUCCAGACGCCGAGGAUAAGGAGGAGCCGCAGUGCCCGCCAGGCCUCCGCAAGUACGAGACGAUGGUUGUUUUGAGGCCUGACAUGUCCGAGGAUGAGCGCCUCGCUUUCACGCAGAAGUACGAAGAGUUGCUGGUUGCUGGGGGCGGGAUGUAUGUGGAGGUGUUCAACAGAGGCGUAAUCCCUCUAGCCUACAGCAUCAAGAAGAAAAACAAAGCUGGAGAAACGAAUACAUACUUGGAUGGUAUCUACCUUCUCUUCACCUAUUUCACCAAGCCCGAGUCCAUUUCGAUUCUUGGGGAGACACUGCUGGCGGAUGAUGAUGUCAUACGGUCUUCCAGUUUCAAGAUUCGGAAAAGGAAGUUGUUUUAGGUAAACCUUUUCCUCUUCCUGUCUCAAGGUAUAAUAUAAUUAUGUUUUGCGAAUCUGCUGUCUCGUCUCUCUGCCUGGUUAUACUGAGUUAGUUUGUACUCGGAUGAAGAGCUCGUAGGCAUUCAUUGUUAUGUGCUAUUCUUCCACAUAUUUCGAGCAUGCUAAGUUUUCAAAUUA